AUGCCUCCAUUCUUGAAAAGGCCCGGAACUAGAGGAGACUCUGACCGUGUGCUUCAAAACCUAGUGAAGGCCCUAGCAGGCGCAAGGAAUCCCAGACAGAAAUCCCUGAAAGAGAGGGCCUCAUCGAUUAGUAAGAGGAUAGCCCAGAGUAAACCCUCGACCUACAGUGGGAAAGGAGAACCUUCUAUGCUGGAAAACUGGCUUCGGGAAUUCGACAAACUCUUUAGUGUGGUUAGAUGCCCCGCGGAGUUCAUGGGCGACCAGGCUGCGUUUUUUUGGUCGAAGACGCUGACUACUGGUGGACACAUAGGAGCAUUAAGGGAUCAAUUUUACUCGCCUCAUGUGAGGAAAGACAAGUCAAACGAGUUUGCUAGGUUUGAAAUAGGGAGUUUAUCGGUGGAUGAGUACUACCAGAAGUUUAUGGAAUACCUGAAGUUUCGCCUUGAGGAUGUUCCAAAAAAAGCAAAGAAAAUACAACGCUUUGAACUGGGUUUAUCGUACGAGAUUCAAAAACACAUUGAGACCGAUAGGUACGAUACUUUAGACCAGUUAUAUAAGAGAGCAGCUCAGAAACACAAAACCUUUGGGGGCUUUCAAGAAAAAGGGUAUCAUUCAGGACAAACAAGUAAAAGUAGGGGAAGUUCGACAUCUAAAGACAGGAUACAAAAACCACUGUAUGACCGCAAUGGGAAGGAAAGAAUUUAUAACUGUAGGAGACGCCAGAAAAAUCAUCCAGGAAGAGAUUGUCGGGGUGCAUUAGUGGACUGUUCAUAUUGCGGUAAAUCGGGUCAUAGAAUGUAUGAGUGCUAUACUCGAUUGGGACAACAAGAGCCUCAAGGGAGAAAUCACAGAGGUUAUCAACAGCAACGCUUCGGCAAUGGUCGGAGUGGCAAUGACACUGGAAGUGGAAAUCAUAAUGGUGGUGGUUUUGGUAGAAACCCUGGGGGUGCCACAAACCCUAGGAAUAAGAAUUUUUCUAAAAAACGAGGUAAUCAAGGAGGUGCUACCACUGGCACUCAAAAUAAAGGCAGACUUUCAGCAGUUAACGUUAGGGAAGCAACACAGAUGUCUAAUGUGGUCACGGGUACGUUUUGCAUCAAUUCAAAGUCUAUUAAGGUUCUUGAUGAUUUUGGUGCAUCGUACUCUUUCAUUUCUAAGUCUAGAAUUAGAGACUCAGGAUUGGAAAAUCCAGAGAAAACAUCUUUCUCAGUCGCUAUUCCUUCCAGAAAGACCUUUCAUUUUAAUAUACGUAAUCCUUGGGAUGGAUUGUUGGGUAGAUAUAAGGCAGUGAUAGAUUGUGAGGAGCAAACCGUAACACUAAGCGGACCCCGAGGAGAGAAAGUUAAAUAUAGGAAGCUUCCAAAGGGACCUAAGGAAAAAAUUGUGUCGUCCUUAGAAGCAAGGAAACUAAUCAAGCAGGGACAACCGUGGUUUUUGUGUAGUGUAUGUAAGGUGGCGGUGCGGGAGGUUCGAAUUGAUGAUAUUCCUGUAGUGUGUGAUUUCAAGGAUGUAUUUCCAGAUGAACUUCCAGGCAUGCCACCGAAAAGGGACGUGGACUUUUCAAUUGAUUUGGUUCCUGGGACAGGGCCAAUUUCAAAAGUCCCUUAUCGGAUGGCUCCAAAGGAAAUGGAAGAAUUGAAGGUGCAAUUAGAAGAGUUGUUGGGAAAGGGUUAUAUAAGACCCAUUGUCUCUCUCUGGGGAGCCCCGGUGUUGUUUGAGUCUUUUCGAAGAUUGAUCUACGAUCGGGAUAUCCUCGAGAAAGAUAUUAGUAAAUCAGCUUUUCGAACCAAAUAUGGACACUUUGAGUUCACUGUGAUGCCUUUUGGAUUAACCAAGGCUCUCGACGCAUUUAUAGGGUUGAUGAAUAGAUUUUUUAAUGCGUAUCUUGAUAAGUGUGUAGUGGUGUUUAUUGAUGAUAUCUUGGUAUAUUCUAAGAGCCGUGAAGAGCAUCAAGAGCAUUUAAGGUGCAAGUUUUGGUUAGAACAAGUGGCUUUUCUGGGUCAUCUUAUUUCUAAAGAAGGGAUUUCCGUCGAUCCGGCAAAGGUAGAAGCCGUCCGAGUCUGGUCUACACCCCGGAAUGUUACGGAUAUUCGGAUUUUCUUGGGUUUAGCAGGAUGUUAUCGUCAUUUUGUGAAAGAUUUUUCUCGUAUUGCUCAUCCGCUGAUAUCCCUGAUGAAGAAGGAGAAGAAGUUCGUAUGGACCGAGGAGUGUGAAAAGGCAUUUCAAUUGUUGAAGGAGAAGCUAACUACUGCUCCAGUUGAUGCUUCCAAGCAUGGGUUAGGUUGUGUUUUGAUGCAAGAUAAUAAAGUAGUGGCAUAUGCUUCGCGCCAGUUGAAGACUCAUGAGAUCUUCACGAACCAUAAGAGCUUGCAAUUUUUGUUUACUCAAUCCGAAUUAAAUUUGCGCCAACGGCGUUGGUUGGAAUUGAUCAGUGAUUAUGACUUGGAGAUUGAUUAUCAUGAGGGUCGUGCAAAUGUAGUCGCUGAUGCUUUAAGCAGGAAAUCGAGACACUAA